GAGAGAGCUGCUUUCACCGCUGCUCACUGCUGCCAGGUCAGCUACUGGUCUGGGCAAACUGGGCUUUUGUGGCUUGCAGAGCACCUGCGUGGGAAGGCAGCUGAGCACAGAGGCUGCCUUGAUGAGGGAAAGGAGCAGGAAAAAGGUCCUUCUGCAGUGUGGUGGAAAGACAUGACAUGAAUACCCUGAGUUUACCGCUUAACAUUCGCCGUGGAGGCUCUGACACCAACCUGAACUUUGAUGUACCAGAUGGGGUCCUAGAGUUUCACAAAGUCAAACUCAGUGCAGAUAGCUUGAAACAGAAAAUCCUCAAGGUUACAGAACAAAUCAAAGUUGAACAAACAGCUCGAGAUGGAAACGUGGCUGAGUAUUUGAAACUGGUAAACAGUGCAGACAAGCAACAGGCUGGGCGCAUUAAACAAGUCUUUGAGAAAAAGAACCAGAAAUCUGCCCACUCCAUUGCCCAGCUGCAGAAGAAAUUGGAACAGUAUCACAAAAAGCUCAAGGAUAUUGAACAAAAUGGAUCUUCCAAAACUACUAAGGAUACUUCCAAAGAUAACUUGAAAGAUAGUCAGCAUGGAAAGUCUCGUACCUCUGGGCAUGGAACAGAGAGCGGCAAGUCGGGUGUGCCGGGUGUAUCUUUGACACCACCUGUCUUUGUUUUCAGCAAGUCUAGAGAGUUUGCAAACCUGAUCCGAAACAAAUUUGGUAGUGCAGACAACAUUGCUCAUCUCAAAAAUACCUUGGAUGAAUUUCGGCCAGAAACGAGUUCUAGAACAUAUGGGGGCAGUGCCACCAUUGUUGCCAAACCAAAAUACGUUAGUGAUGAUGAAUGCUCAAGUGGAACCUCUGGCUCAGCAGAUAGUAAUGGAAAUACUUCCUUUGGUCCUGCUGUGGCAAGUACCCUGGACAGCCAAGGAAAACUUUCCAUGAUUUUGGAGGAACUAAGGGAAAUCAAGGAGACACAGUCCCAAUUAGCUGAUGAUAUUGAGAAUUUAAAAACACAAUUUAAAAGAGACUAUGGCUUUAUUUCUCAGAUGUUACAAGAGGAAAGAUAUAGAUACGAAAGAUUGGAAGACCAGUUAAAUGAUCUCACUGAUCUUCAUCAACAUGAGACAGCAAACCUGAAACAAGAGCUAGCCAGCAUAGAGGAGAAAGUGGCGUAUCAGGCAUAUGAGCGAUCACGUGAUGUUCAGGAAGCCUUGGAAUCAUGCCAGACCCGGGUUUCAAAGCUGGAGCUCCAUCAGCAAGAACAGCAAGCACAGCAGUCCGAAACAGUUAAUGCCAAAGUGCUCCUGGGGAAAUGUAUAAAUGUUAUCCUGGCCUUCAUGACUGUCAUCUUAGUGUGCGUUUCUACUAUUGCAAAGUUCGUUGCUCCUAUGAUGAAGAGCCGUUUUCAUAUCAUCUGCACUUUUUUCGCAGUGACGCUGCUGGCAAUAUUUUGUAAAAACUGGGAUCAUAUCAUUUGUGCCAUAGAAAGGAUGAUUAUACCAAGAUGAAGCUGCUGGUCUGGCUGCUUUUUUUUUUUUUUUUUUUUUUUUUCCUCCCUCUUCCCCUUCCAGUUUUUUAAGUGCUGUGUGUAUACAAAUCAUUUUUUGUUGGUUUAAAUGUGCAGACUGGAUGGAGAAGGCUACAAAGACUCCUGGACUUUAAGGUGUAAAUACAUAAAUGCAUACUUGUUGGCAGUCAUUUGCCUGUUCAAUCCAAUUAUGUCUAAUUGGCUAUGUCUGUGAUGAACUGCUCGCUUAUGUCUGUCUUCUGCCUUAAUCCAAAGGGUUUUCCACUUUACAAACCCACACCCACAAAAGAUGGUGUGAUGCUCUGGGAGGGAUCUGAGCAACUGCAAGUGUCAGGUGUGCUUUUUUACUAGACUGGAGUGCAAAGAGUGUGAUCAGGAGGGAGUGAACCAUAGUGUGUAUCAGCCCUGUUAGACUAAGAAGUUAAUUUUCUCUCUGUAUCCAACUAGAAUGAUAAGCCAAAUUAUACAGUCAUAUAUAUUAAUAGUUCUUGAUUCUAAAUUAAUGGGUAUCUGUAUAUGGGGUUUCUAGUUUUCAGGAGCAGCAAAACUUGAUGCUUCUGCUAGUUAUCUUUUGCACAGGGAGUUUAUUGUUUGUAAAUUAGACCAGUGAUGACUAUUGACCACAGUUAGCAGUUCUAUCCUGGCACUGUUCCUUAUCACAUUCAGGAAACACAUAAAUGUGGCAUAAGACUCCCAAAGAUGAACUGAAUUGAAUGACAAGAUCUCCAGGCCACUUUGUAAAGAAGCAAAUAACUGGUGUGUAAGUGUGGUCAUGCAGACCAAAGCACUCUCUUGCUUCAAGCCCUGCAACCUGCAAGGGGAAGGAAGUACACAGAAAGGCAACAUCUAGAUUAGCCUUUGUUAGCACUGAAUUGUUGGGGUGCUCUAACUGAAUGCAAAGCAGGUAGGUGGUGGGACUCUGGGUACAGUGGAUUUCUUUCUUGUGUCAGAUUAAGGAAUGUGGAAGAAGCAUGAGGGAACAGCUUCUUAGGGGAGCAGGGAGUUAAACUUCCGUAAAUAUACAAACACUGUGCAGACUGUCUUGACAAACAUUCCUGAAAAUAAUGUAUUAGCAUACAGUACCACUACUAGGAGACAGGGUUGGUUUUGUUUUCCUACUGGAAUUUAUUUUGCUUGAUAUAAGAACUGCAAAAAAAAAUUUCCCUGAAAUCUGCUUGGCUUUCAGCCAUGAUGUAAAAGAAGAUCUUUAAUUAAAAAAAACCAAAAGAAACCACCACAACCAGAAUUAUUCUCUGCUCUCCAUUAAAUGAAAAGACAGUGUCUCCAGUUAUUUGAUGUUCAGUGUUACUUACUUUGAAAAUAAUUGUCACGACAGACUUUCUUUUCAGUUGCAGUAUUUGUUAUGCUGGUUUUAUGGCGGUGGGGGGAGGGGAUCAUUUGAUGUGUGUAUUUGUUUUUAAUCAAGUGCAAUAGUUGGUGUAGAAAUUCAGAAGACCUUAUUCUGAGGAAAGUGGGUGGGGGAGGGGAGGCAAGGGAAGAACUUUGACAUUUUACCAUGAUUGGAUUAACAGUGAAUACAGUUACUUUCUGUGGCUUCAGGGACCGAAGGAAGGGAAGAAUUAACUGCAUGAAUAAGGAUAUGACUAAGCAUUUAGAAAAUUCAAUUAAAACACUUUAAAAAUCAUUAAAGAAUUUUUUAUAUGUCCAACAUCUUUGAACAGAGAAAUCAGGAAGGAUUGUGCUGGCUGGCACGCACUGGAAAUGGAUCAGAUCAGGCACACCCAUGUUAUCCGAACCCAGCCCUGCCUCAUCUUCAGGGGGAGGUAGAGUGGAAAGCAAGUCCUGCUGAGAGGGAUAUGACUUUAUAAAGCCCAAACUUACCAAUUGGUUUAUCCCUGGCUGUGUCAGGAAGAAUUAUUAUAUAGAUACAUUCUUCUUUUCCUUAGUGUUUGUUUUUGGGGGUUUGUUGUUUUUUUUUUCUUCUCUUUGCCUUUACCCCUGUAUUCCUGGUAUCCCCUGAAGAAGGAAGGAGGUAUUGUGUUACGUAUAAAAAUCUUCUGUCUGAAUCGCUGCAUGUGCUCCUGCUGUUGUUCGCUUCAGGGAGACCUUUCUUCUCAUGUCUUUUAACCCAUUUUGGCACUGUAUGCGUGCAUUGCAACAGGCCUUCACCCACACCUUCCAAGUAUCUGCACUUAGCCUCCUUUUACAGCCAGCUCAUAAACAGGGGAUUGCUUCUACUGCUGCAGCUCAUAAACUCAUCUUCAGAGGAAAGUCCCUUCCACAAUUUUAAAAAGAUUAAAAGGAAAAAAGAAGUAGCUCUUUCCUGGCCUUUACAUCACAAGAAAGGCUUUCCCUUGGUUUGUUUUUAUGCCCUUUUGAUGUUUCCUGAGAUCCUCUUCGUCUUUUCCACUGUUUCCAUACAAUUUGUUCCUAUCUUCAUUUUUAAAAAGGCGUAUGAUGUCUUUUUAUAGUCUGUAUUUUCCAUUUCAUUAGCCAAUGAGCGUGCUUCUAUUCAGAGUCUUUUCCUUUCUGAAGUGUUUUCCUGAAUUCCACCACCCAUUUUACUGAUGAGCCCUAUGACUCUUUCCCCCUGCCCCAUUUCCAUAGGCCACAAGAUUGUACAUCCAUUACAAAAAACCAAGAGUCCUGUACUGCUCCUUAGAAAGCUGUGACUCUUCAUGGUGUUUUCUUGCCAUCUUCAUUAUAAUUUCCAUCCUUCUAUUCUGUUUGCACAGCCACCUUCUGGUUUGGCCACUUGAGAAAACACUGUCUAGCAUUUUGUUAAAUGGGUUCGGAAGGGGACGUGUGCAAGAAAGGAAUACCACGUGUUAAUUUUUACGUAAGGAAAAACUCCUUUGCCUGUUGCAUGGUUAUAUGUUUAAGGAGAUAAUCCUCCCAGUGCUAGUGUAUGUGGUUAAACAUGUAAUGUCAGAUAGUCUUAAGGUCAGGCAGGAAAAAGGUUAGUCAUUUUUCUUAUAACAAAGGAAGUUGGUAUAGUACGACCUGGGGAUGUGAAGGCUUCUGCUCCAAGGGCAUCCUAUUACAAUCCUGGAAGAUGACCUCAGUGCAAAAUGAGGGUAGAACAUAAAAUCAAUGGGCCUACGAAAGAUUGCUCACUGUUUUGAUAAAAUCUGACCGGGUUCAAAUUGGAAACAAAAGGGUCUUGUGUUUCCAUAUUGGCUUUAUAUCUGGCAGAGGACACAGAAAAAGCUGUAAAAGGCUGCAUGAUGUUAUUCAUGCAAAUUAAAACAACCCUAAUUGGUAAAUGGGCACAGCACUUCUCUAGGUUAUUUUCCCUGCUGGAUUUAAAUCACUGGAGCAUGUGACAUGCAUCAAGAAAUUAAAAAAAAAGAUGUGAAGGGCAAAAGCCUGCUUUUGGGUGAAACUGCUAUGGUUUUGCACAGAGUUAAGGCUGCAGUGCCAGGAGCUCGGCCAAGUGGAAGGGCACCCGAAGGGGAGGGAGGUCUCCCCUCCUGCCUUUCCCCUCCCAUUUCUUACCUUGUGCUGACACUGGUCUGUGUUGCAGUCUUGCGUGUGCCAUGUUAGCUCGCUGGGCUGGGAAGAAAAAUGUAGCAAAAGAGCUGACUAGUUCUCUGUCUAGAGACUUAAAGGGCUGAUGGAAAGGUCUCGUGCGUGCAAAGCGGGGACAAAAAGGGAGAUGAGCCUUUUUCUUUCUUGCUGCAGUGAAUCAUUAGCUGCCCCUAAAACUGUACUCUAGGCAGCCUCCCUGCAGAAUGAUGGGGCAGCUGCAGCACAGAAAGGUUCUUCCUAGCUUUUGCCUACAGGGAACAGAUACAAACAGCACCAGGAUCUGGUAGCACAGGCUAGCCGGCUGUGCAGAUACCCAGGAUCAAGAGCAGGCUGGUGGCUGGGCUGGGCUAGCCAGGGUUGAUGCCUGUGCCACUAGCAUCAGUAUGAGCAUCACUUCCACCGCUUAGGCUGGGAUUAUGCGAGUGUACAUAUCUGGCCUGCAGUCAGAGCUCUGCUUGCUGUGAGAGCAUGCCUAGGCCACCCCAAACAGUUGCAAGACAUCUCUUAAUGAGAACUUUGUUCAGCUUCUCAAUCAAUUAACCAUGUUCUGUCAGGAUACGGUUUGCUUUUACAUUCUCACACAACACCUUAGACAUUCUUAGUAUACAAUGUACUCCUUACGCUUACUCAUCGUGAGCCUUUGAAACACUCCCACUCAACAAAAAGUUGCCAGACAGUGUCUUUUCUGCUUGGCGCUGCCUGGUAGUCAAUUAUUUCACUUCACUUUGACUGUAGUUCUCCAACUGAAAAGCCCUUCAGUUAGUUGUUAAUACCUGUUCUAUAGGCUUUUGGCAGAUUUUUUGCUCAAAGGUUUCUGGAGAUUCAGUUUCUUGUGAAGGUCAGCACAAUUUUCCUGACCUCUCCCAUUUCAGCAUUCAGGUCUAAAUUGGGUUUCCUCUAAAACUUAUAUAAUGGAUCCCUCCACUAACUUCAACUAUAACUCUAUUAUUGUUGGACAUCCAAUUAGUCAUUGACAGCACUGAACGAGACCCAGUUUAAAUUCCUUCUCCUUUCUGCUUUACGUUAUAUGCAUUUGUGCAACUUCUCAUUUUACUGCGCUCCUGUGAUGUCUACUUGUUCUGAUUUCUUAGAGAAGCACUAUCAAAUCUGGCUGCUUUUUAGUUUAAUAUCAAAAUGCUUGUGUUACGCAGUGCCUCUGCUGCAGGACCGUCACAUAGAGACCCGAUAUCUGCACUACAUGAAGGAUAUUUAAAAGCAAAUGGUUUUCUUUGAACAAAUCAUUGACUGCUUAUCUGGGGAAUAAAAAUUCAAUAGGUGAAGGCAGCUUGCUGUAGGAAAGAUACAUGAUCCACUAACUACAGGCUGAAGCUAGGCAAAUCCAGUGUAAGCAUAAGCUUCAGUUUUGUAAUCACAAGGGUUACAAGCUAAUUAUCAGCUACUGAAUAACAUGAACAAGGACUCUAACAUUUGCAGUUAAAGUUGAAUGCUGCUGUUCAAAGGAAUCAGUUCAGGCUUGUGUUUGUGUCACGGUUUAACCCCAGCCAGCAGCUGAGCACCACACAGCCGCUCACUCACUCCCCCCCCCCAGUGGGAUGGGGGAGAGAAUCAGGGGAAAAAAGUAAAACUUGUGGGUUGAGAUAAGAACAGUUUAAUAAAUAGAACAGAGAGGAAGAAAAUAAUAAUGAUAAUAACAACAAUAAAAUUAUAAUAAUAAAAGGACUGGAAUAUACAAAACAAGUGAUGCACAAUGCAAUUGCCCACCACUCGCCGACCGAUGCCCAGUCAGUUCCCGAGCAGUGAUCCCCCCAGGCCAACUCCCCCCAGUUUAUAUACUGGGCAUGAUGUCACAUGGUAUGGAAUACCACUUUGGCCAG